UUGUUAUUGGUUGUUAUUAAAGGGGAUCCUGCAAGCUAUCAACAACUUGUCCCCUAGUGCUGAACACAGAUUCUGUUUGAAGCAUAUCCAUGAGAAUUUGAAGACUAGGUUUAGGGGAUGUGGCUUUAGGGAUCAUCUCUGGUUUGCAGCAACCAGGACAACAGUUGUGGAAUUUGAGAGGGCAAUGGAGGAAAUUAGGCAGCAAGAUUCAGGGGUUUAUGACUGGUUAAGAGCCAUUCCAGCAUCCUCAUGGUCAAGAGCUCACUUUUCAGGAAGAGCAAAAUGUGAUAUACUUUUGAACAACAUAUGUGAGUCAUUCAAUAGUAGGCUGGUCAAAGGUAGAGAGAAACCUAUAAUAAGUUGUUUGGAGUUUGUAAGGGAAUAUUUAAUGAAAAGGAUAUGUGUGGUUCAAGGAGUCAUAGAUGUUAGUAAGGGUCCACUUACCCCAACUGCAACCCAAAUUCUUGAGGUAAAUAAGGAAGCAGCUGAAAAGUACACAGUCAUCUUCAAUGGCACAAAUAAGUAUCAAGUGUCUGGCCCAUGGAAUGAUCAGUGUGUGGUCCAUAUGGGGGAAAGAACAUGUUCUUGUAGGAAGUGGGAAUUGACAGGCAUACCUUGUAAGCAUGCAGUGGCAACCAUGAACAACAUGCACAAGUAUGGGUUUGAAGUAGGAAUACCUGAGGACUGGGUACACACUGCAUACACUCUUCAGACUUGGAACCAAGUUUAUUCAAACAAGAUUGCACCCAUUGUUGGUGCUACUUACUGGCCUGUUAGUGACUCCACAAUCCAAAUAUUGCCUCCUUACCACCACACUCAAGUUGGGAGGCCAAAGAAGAAGAGAAAAAGAGGAGCAUUUGAAAAUAACCAACCAAUUGUCAAGGGUUGUAAGUUGUCCAAGGCAGGAAGAAGCAUUACUUGUGGAAAAUGCAAACAAAAGGGUCAUAAUGCCAGGAAUUGCAGAGGGCAAUCAGAGAAUGCAAGUCAACAAAGGCCAAGAACUCAACCAAGUCAACCAACAGAGCCACAUCAAACAACUCAACCAAGCCAACCAAGGGCAACACCUAGUCAAGCUAGUGAGGCACAACAAACAAAUCAAGCAAGCCACCAAAGUCAACCAACUGUACCUACACAUUCAAUUCAUAUGAGUCAACCGACUGAACCUACACAUUCAACCCAGCCUGGCAGUCCACCAAGGAGGAACAAGACUGAAUCAGUUAGGGGUCCAAGACCAGUUGUUAGCCCACAAGGAAAGAGGUACAUGGUCACAAAAAAUUUCUCAGGGAACAAAGUUUCAAAAGUUUCAAAGAAGGCAGCAAAGUGAAGUGGAAUAUUGCCAAGUGGAAUAUCUCUUUUGUGUUUCUGCAGUUUCUAUUAUCUAUCUUCUUUAUGUUUCCAACUGAACAAUAUGUGUAUUUUAGUACUAGAACAUGGUUAUGCACUUUCUAUUAUCUAUCAUUCUGAACUAUAUGCCUGUGUAAUGCUUUUAAAAGCAUGAUUUUGGAUAUUGCAA